AUGAAGGUGUGUUUUCCUGGCCACGUUGCAGGGUCUGGAUCAUUCCCAGACUACAACAGGGUCCUGAUCCUGCAAUCUGUCUGUAACCCAAAGAGUUGUCAACUCCAGGUGAGAUGUACCUGGUCCUCACGCCCGCAGACUCCAGGAGCCGCAGAGCCGAGCGGUGCCAUGGCCAAUCCUCGGGUUUACAUGGACGUGGCCACGCAGAAGAAAGCGAUGGGGCGCAUUGUCGUAGAGCUCAGGGCCGAUGUUGUCCCAAAGACUGCAGAGAACUUCCGUGCCUUGUGUACUGGGGAGAAGGGUUUUGGUUACAAGGGCUCGACUUUUCACCGGAUCAUUCCCGAUUUCAUGUGCCAGGGUGGUGAUUUCACGGCAAACAAUGGCACUGGAGGCAAGUCCAUCUAUGGGGACAAGUUUGAAGAUGAGAAUUUUGAACUGAAGCACACAGGGAAAGGUAUACUGUCCAUGGCCAAUAGUGGAAAAGAUACAAACGGCUCCCAGUUCUUUAUUUGUACCAAGAAAACAACAUGGUUGAAUAAAAAGCACGUUGUGUUUGGUGCGGUGGUGGAAGGCAUGGAUAUCGUGAUGAAGAUGGAGGGCUACGGAAGCGAGGACGGCGCGCCCACGACCACCAUUACCAUCACUGAUUGCGGGCAGUUGUCCUAA